CCUUUUCAUCCAAUAAAACACAACAAAUUCAAGCUUUCUUUGCCUACUACAACAAAACAAACAACACUUUUACUCUAUUUUCUCGGGUUUGUGGUUCGAUUUUGCAUCGAUAAAUUCUCAUUUGGAUUGUGUGGAACCUGGUGGCUGGUUUUUUCUUUACUCGUUUCGUUAAUAGUUUGUGAUUUAGCAACUUUUGAAGUUUGUAAGCAUGAUUCCUGCAUACAGAAGCAUGGAUUCAUAUCCAUUUCACAGAAAUCAAAUACCAUUUCCUCAUUACUAUCAUCCUUCCAUGGAACCUGUUCCCCCUCAAACGACUAAAUCACCUUUUUCUUAUGAACAACCCUGGCCUUAUGCUAGCAGUUAUGCACCUCAUGUCUGCUAUAGUCAUAUACCUUGUUAUCCUCCUCAUGUUCCCUCUCCAUCACCAAUGUUUUAUUCUGGUGGUGGCCCUUCGUUCUGUGGUCCUUAUUCUCCAUAUUGUAGUAUGGAGGUUCCGAGAUAUGAAUAUGAUAAGUAUAUGCCGAAGGAUCAUCAUUGUUGUGGUUGUCCUAAUCAUUCAUGCAACCAGAAGGAAGAUAGAAAUGUGAGUAUUGAAGAGCAAAAACCUAAUCUUGGUGGUAAGAAAGAGAAUGAUGCUAUGGAGUAUAGGAAUUUUCCAUACCCUUUGGUUUGGGUUCCACCAGAGUACUAUGGAAACAGACAAAUGAAAGUUCCUGCUGGGAUGGAUGAGCAAGAUAGAAUGACACAUGAUAAGAAACUUACUGGCGCGGAGGAUUUCAAUGCGGAUGUGCAGCGAGCAGUUGAGCCGAGAUUACGGAAUGGAUGGUUACCUUUUGAUGUAAAGGGUGUGCCAAACAUGGUUAAGGAGGAAGCUGAUGACAAUGUGAAGGAGUAUGGAAAUGGAAAAAUGGAUCAGAAACAUCAGAGUGAACAACAAAAGAGAUCUGAAUUUCCAUUUCCAUUCAUUUGGUUUCCCUCUUACAAUGAUCAACAGGAUGGUGGAAGGACAAACAAUUGGAAAAGCUGUUCAGCACAGGAAGGUGUUGAGGAUGUGCCUCAUACAUUCAAAUCUGUUCCUGUGAAGUCUUGUGCUGAUGAAGGUGUUGCAAAAAGGACUAAUUCAAAUGAUGUUGAGUCUAGAGAUAGAAGUGCUUUUGAUGUUACAGAGAAAGUGAGUAACCAAAGAAGUAUUCCUGUGAAGCAGAUCGAGUCGAAUCAUAUGAAAAACAACUCCAUGGAAAGUAAUGUUCCUGAAGAAAAUGCAGCAAAAAAAGAGUCGCAUUCCAUCAGCAAGCGACGGUCCGCUUCUCCAACUAAGGGAUCCAAGUUACCUCCUGUUUGUCUAAGAGUUGAUCCAUUACCAAGGAAGAAGAAUGGUAAUGGGAAAGCAAGGUCUUUAAGUCCAUCUGCUUUAAGGAAACAUUCCAAAGAAAUAGCCUGUGAACCAAGCAACACUUCUUCAGACAGCAUGACAGACCAGGCCAAGCUAUGUUCGACUAUUCAGGUAUCCCAAAACAAGACUAAUGAAAACAUGGCAGCAAAGACAGCAAUUGAAGAAGAUGGUAAAAAAGAAAGACGAGUUUUAUCAGAUGCAGAUGCUGCUGUUGUGAUACAAACUGUUUAUCGUGGUUAUCUGGUAAGAAAAUCACAGCCCUUAAAGAAACUUAGACAGAUAGCUGAAAUCAGUAAAGAGGUGACUUAUGUUAAGGAUCGCAUGGAGGCUUUUGAAGAUUCUUCUAAUCUUCAAAUUGAUGACAAGGAGAAACUUGCCAUUGGAGAGACUAUAAUGAGACUAUUGCUGAAGUUGGAUACUAUUCAGGGCUUGCAUCCAAGUUUGAGGGAAAUCAGAAAGUCUCUGGCAAGAGAGCUUGUGACUUUGCAGGAAAAGCUUGAUUCUAUAACGGUGAAGAAUCCUCCUCAGCAGCAGAUGCAGGAGUCAGAUCCUAAGAAACACCUUGAAAUAUCUCAGCAGAAUGUUCAAAAUGGAGAAAAUAACCAAGAGCAACAAGAAGAGAAAGUGGCAUCACAGAAAGAUUCAUCUCAGGAGCAGAUGCAAGAGUUAGAUGCUAAGAAACACCUUGAAAUAUCUCCGCAGAAUGUUCAAAAUGGAGAACAUAACCAAGAGCAACAAGAAGAGAAAGUGGCAUCACAGAAAGAUUCAUCUGAAGGUAUCAGUGAUGGAAAACCUCAAGAUCAGUUCUGCAUGUUGGAUGUGGAAGGUGCAAGUGAAUCUCAGUCCCAUGUUGGUUCUGGAUCAGUUAAUCUGGAUAUUAGCCCAGUGGUUUCUGUUGACGUGAUGGAUUCCACAAGUAAUUCUUCCGAUAAAAUCGACGUGGAAUUGGAAUCGGGGGAGGUUGAUAAACUCAAUAUGAAUGCAUUUAAAGAACUCCCUGUGGGAGUUAUUGAUGAAGAUACCAUUGAGGAUUAUGCAAGUGAAAGGUUAGAUUCUGAUAUGGAUGCAAUGAAGGAGCUUCCAGUGGGAGUUAUUGAUGAAGAUGCCACUGAGGAUUAUGCAAGUGAAAGGUUAGAUUCCGAUAUGGAUGCAAUGGAGGAGCUUCCGGUGGGAGUACUCGAUGAAGACGCUGUCACAUCCACAUCCGAAGAGACUAUAACUGUGGAAAAUGAGGUAUUCAUUAAAGAGCUUCCAGUAGAACUGCUUGAUGAGAAUGCAGAGAAAUCAGAAGCAGAAAGAACUGAAUAUAAAGAAAAAGAUACUGAACUAGAGCAGCCACUGGUUGAAGAAAAAGAAGGGGUGCAGUCUAGCGAGGAAUCAGACGGUUGGGUAAAGGUUGAGUUCCAGAAACAAGAUGAUGAACUUAAAGUGGAUGCACCAGUGGAAACAGAAGAAUCAGGAGAGGGAAUUGGAAAUGAUACAAAGUUACCAUCUCUUGUGAAUGAGGAAUCAAAUGAUGUAGCAAACAUCAUGUUGAAUGAAAAUGAACCAGUAGAGAAGCUUGCACAGCAAGAAACACAUCUUGAUGUUCAAGACACUGUUGCUGGAGAAACAAAUAGUGAUGAUGAUAAAAACACAGAAACUUAUGCCAAGGAGGAAACUGAACCAUCUGUAGAUUUAUCUGUUACCAAGCAUAAUGCAGAUCUGAAUGGUAACAUGAUGUUAUUGGAAGAGAAUGAGAAGCUAAGGAAGUUGAUGAAGGAGUUACUUGAAGCUGGGACUGAACAGUUAAGUGUAAUAUCAAAUUUGACUGGGAGAGUGAAAGAUUUGGAGAAGAAAUUAGCCAAAAGUAGGAAGAGUAAGAAAGUGAGGACAAAGAGACAUAGAUCAGUAACUCCCAAAGUGUCAUGUGAUAACUCUACUGAAUAAUAAGUGAUUCUCAACACUGUAAGUUUUGUAUGUUAAGAGUGAGAUGUGGUAUGAGUCCUUAUGUAUAAUUGUAAUGUUUGUGAUAUGAAAAUAUGAAUAAUGUUAAGUUUCA